AUGCAAGCUGCAAGCUGCAAGUGGAAGGCCAGAGCAUUUAGUGAGGAUAUCCUGCGUGCCAUGCCAAAAUAUAUUCCCUCUAUUAAGAGCCCGGCGGAGACUGCUAAUGUCCGUUCUGGAAAGGAUGGAGCUGUAGGGAUGUCAGCACCAGUCAUGUUGGUUAGGGACAGGACAACUGGUAAUAUCUUUGGCUCCAAGGAGCCGUUCUCUAGAGCCAGUGGCGGCCAUGCUACCGCGAGAGCACGAGUGGAAGCAUCGUUGCAGGCAGAAUACACCCAUAUUGUGAAACUUGACCAUCCACACAUAGUGAAGGCUUUCGACCUGGUACUGGAUGAGGAUAUCACGUUAUCACCAGGGUUGAUCAUUGAAUACAUACCUCAGAACCUCUCCGAAACGGAUAUCAAGGAAGCCGACGUGCUGAGGGUGUUGACCCAUCUCUGCACUGUUCUAGGGCAUAUGCAUACGAUUGGCAUCACUCAUCGGGAUGUGAAACCAGACAACGUUCUUGUCCAGAAGCGCUAG